CUUGUUUCUACAAAGACAGGGAAUACCUGCACGAGGACACCUGGUUUCCACUAGAAAACAACGAGUGCCUGGAAUGCCAAUGUGCCAAUGGCAAGGUUCUGUGUCAGUUCAUUCACUGUGAUAAAUUCGAUUCUGCAGAAACCAGGACGGCUCUCCUUGGGGAGGCACUGACCGCUCUCAGGGGUCAGGCAGGUCCCCCUGGCAGUCCAGGCUACCCAGGCAGACAAGGAGAGCCCGGAGAUCCAGGUCCUGAUGGGGUCAAUGGGAUCCCCGGAGCCUCGGGUCCUGCUGGAUCUCCUGAUAUGUCAGCUGACGACGCAUUCAGGGCAUACUACCCACAUGCUUUCUCCGUCAAGGCAGGGGGCAGUGCCUUCCAACCCAAUUAUCUCCAGGCACAAGUAGGACCAAUGGGUCCCCGAGGUGGCAGUGGAGCCCCUGGACCCCAAGGACCCCCAGGUGUGACAGGACAGCGGGGUGAACCCGGUGACCCAGGCCCUCCUGGACCUUUUGGGAGCCGUGGCAUACCAGGUCCUCCAGGACCUCCAGGACUUGAGGGAGAUGUUGGGAAAAAUGGACAACCUGGCUCAGCAGGAGCUCCUGGCACUAGGGGUCCUAAUGGAGACUCUGGUAUUCCUGGAGCUCCAGGUGUGAGGGGACACAAGGGAUUCAGUGGUUUUCCUGGGAAAAGAGGGGCAGAUGGCCAGCAUGGGGAUCACGGUCCCCCAGGUCCUCCUGGCCCACAAGGUCCUGAUGGUUCUCAAGGAGCACGAGGACCACCAGGUGAGAGAGGAGAAGAUGGAUCUGCUGGAAAUGCAGGUCUGCGUGGAGUUGAUGGCAUGCCAGGCCCAGCUGGACCGCCAGGUCCCGAUGGCCCCACUGGACCCCCAGGCAUACCUGGACAGCCAGCAAAAGGAUCCAUUGGUCCACAGGGGGCCCGUGGUGAGAAUGGUAUUGCUGGACAAACUGGUGAAAUAGGCAGCAAUGGGGAACCUGGUCAGCCUGGUACCCCUGGGGAACAGGGGGGACCUGGUGAUUCUGGUCCCCCUGGAGAGCCUGGUUUUCCUGGUUCUAGAGGCCCUGUUGGUCUUGCAGGAUCACCUGGCGAGUCAGGGGCCAAGGGUUCUCCGGGAGAUGCUGGUUUACCUGGCUACAAAGGUGCAUCAGGUGACAAAGGAAGCCCAGGUGCUGUAGGAGAUCAAGGCCGGCCAGGCGCUGUGGGCCCUCCCGGAAACAGAGGUGAGCGAGGGGCUGGAGGCCCCCCUGGAUCCCAAGGUUUGCCAGGAGAAAGAGGUGUACCUGGCAACCGUGGCUUGCCUGGUGUUGCGGGAGAUGCUGGCCCUAAAGGUCUGGAAGGUAUUGAUGGUGAAAGAGGCCCUCGUGGAGAGGCUGGUGCAAUUGGUCCUCCAGGUCUUGUUGGACCAGAUGGAGCUAGUGGACCCCCUGGACCUGCGGGACCUACUGGGUCUGAUGGACCCGCAGGAGAGAUGGGACCCCCAGGUCAGCCUGGGGGUGUGGGUCAGCAGGGAGCUCAGGGACCACAGGGGGAGAGAGGAUCCCCAGGUAAAGAAGGACAGCCAGGUGCUCCUGGGCAAAGAGGUCCACCGGGAGAUGUAGGCUCAACAGGAGAAAGAGGACUUCAAGGACUCACUGGUCCUGAGCCGGGGUCAAGUGGACCCAGAGGUCCGCCUGGGUUCCAGGGAAAUCCAGGACCUCAAGGGAUUCCUGGAGAACCAGGUGUUGAUGGGGUCGCUGGAAUUUCUGGGGAGACGGGUCCACAUGGAAGGGAGGGCUAUCCGGGAGAGCGUGGGUUCCCUGGACCUAGAGGAGCCCCAGGUCCACCUGGUGAAGAUGGGGAUCCUGGUGCUCCAGGUCCAGCCGGCCCUGAGGGUCCCAAGGGUCCUUCUGGCGACGUUGGUGAGCUGGGAGAAACUGGGCCAACUGGCCCCAAUGGACCACCCGGAGAAGCUGGAAUUCCUGGUCGCACUGGGGAAAAAGGAGAUUUGGGUGAGGAAGGUCUGCCUGGUCCAGAUGGUCCGGCAGGUCGGCCUGGGAGACCAGGAGAACGUGGUCCACCAGGUCAGCCUGGCCCACAGGGACCACCUGCAGACAAAGGUGUCGCUGGAGACCCAGGUCCCCCAGGACAACCUGGAGCUCCGGGCCGACCUGGUCCUCGAGGUGAGCCUGGUAUCCAGGGUGAGCAGGGCUAUGUUGGUCUCCCUGGUCAGCAAGGUGAGAUAGGACCCCCUGGUGAAAGUGGCAGGACCGGCAGGAAUGGUGAUGUUGGUGUUCCAGGCCGUCGGGGUGCUAAUGGUGACCAGGGUGUAUCAGGUCUGCCAGGAGAGCCUGGUCCAGCAGGACGCCCAGGUCCUGCUGGAUUGCCAGGAUCACAGGGAGCAAAUGGUCCACCAGGACCACCAGGUCCUGCUGGAAUUAAGGGAACUUCAGGAGAGACAGGCAGAGCAGGUCAACCAGGAACUAAUGGAGCACCAGGUCUGCCUGGCCCUACAGGUGGAAAGGGACCCCGUGGAGAGCAAGGCAGUCGGGGACCUGAAGGUCCUAUAGGUCCCCAAGGAUCUCAGGGUCGCAGAGGUGAACCGGGUCUUCCUGGAAUCCCUGGACGGGGUGGACCUCCAGGGCAGCCUGGUUUGAAGGGUCCGCGGGGUUCUCCUGGACCUAAUGGCAAUGAUGGUUACCCAGGGAAGCCUGGUGAGAUCGGAGCUGCAGGACCUCCAGGACCUGUCGGUGAGCCUGGAGUUGUAGGAGCACCAGGAAACCCUGGAGCUCCGGGCAUCCAGGGCAGGCCAGGAGAGAAAGGUCCAGAUGGCGAUAUUGGACCCCCGGGACCUCCAGGAAGUCCUGGAUUCCAGGGUCCGGCUGGACCUGCUGGCAGCACUGGGCCUCCAGGAGAGAGAGGACCUCGGGGAGAGAAUGGACCAGAAGGACCACGUGGGCCCAUGGGUCAUACAGGAACACCUGGGCCGCAAGGACCUCAAGGUCCAGACGGUCAAGAUGGAGACAUAGGAGAACCUGGAGCCAGGGGAGACCCCGGCCUGCCUGGACUGACCGGACUUACUGGACCAGAGGGACCAGAUGGUGACCCAGGUCCAAAGGGACCUCCCGGACCUCAGGGUCCCAGGGGCCCAGAAGGUCCACGAGGCCCAAUUGGUCCUGACGGUGAAGAUGGACCACCGGGCCCACCUGGCCCACGGGGUCCUCGAGGUCCUGCAGGCGAAGACGGGCGAAGGGGACCACCAGGACAGUCUGUGUAUGCUGCAGCAUUGCAAGGCUACCCAAGGCCAAAACAAAGAGAUCCUUACCUUGUGAGUUAUAAAACACGUAACACCAUUGAAGCUCUGAAGGAGGUUGCGGCCGAGAUCAAGAAACUGAGAAAGCCGACAGGGGAACACAAAGCUCCAGGAAGAACUUGCAGGGAACUUGCAGCAGUGGCUGAGGCACCACUGAGUAACGGCAUGUACUGGAUCGAUCCCAAUGGUGGUGGUAUUGCAGACGCCAUCGAAGUCUUCUGCAGCUUCGAGGAUGCAGUAGAUAAGACACAGACAUGUCUGGUUCCACAAGUUGAAGAGUUUCCCAAGAAAAACUGGUUCACGACAAAGCCCACAGAUGAGGAGUUUGCCAUGUUUGCAGAGACAUUUGAUGAAUCUCAGUUCUCCUACAGGACCCACAAGUCUCAGAUCAAGUUCCUGCAUCACCUAACCAAGAAGUCAGUCCAACAGAUCACAAUCCACUGCCGGAACAUCGUGGCCGUGUUCGACAGCAAAAACAACACCUAUGAAAAUGCUCUGAUGCUGACCAGCUUUGAUGAUGAAGAUAUGACCUACAAUGGGAAGAAGUCGUUCAGAUACAAAGUUAUAGAGGAUACCUGCAAGGACAGGAAUGAUGAAUGGGGUGCAGCUGUUCUGGAAAUCCGAGGCAAGGAGCAUGGUAUGCAGCGAGUGCCUAUCCUAGACGUGGGUCUGAAGGAUGUUGGCGGCAGUGAUCAGGAAUUUGGCAUAGAACUAGGCAAAGCCUGUUUUGGUAUCUGA